GGACGGAGUCUCAUUUGGACCAGUUUCCUUUUUAAACAUAUAAGGGCGGGCAGCUGUGUCUGUGUGAUUCAGAGGUCGUUAACGCCUAACGGGGACAGAGUGAUCGAGUCAGAGAGAGAGAGAGAGAGAGGAGAGGAGAGGAGAAAGGGUUUCGGAGUCUCUUACGAACCAGGUUUCCAGGAUUCCAAAGGUAAUAGAAUAUGGCAGAUGGUGAAGAUAUUCAACCUCUCGUCUGUGACAAUGGGACAGGAAUGGUCAAGGCUGGAUUUGCUGGAGAUGAUGCUCCAAGGGCUGUUUUUCCCAGCAUUGUAGGCCGGCCUCGCCACACUGGUGUGAUGGUUGGUAUGGGCCAGAAAGACGCCUAUGUUGGGGAUGAAGCUCAGUCUAAGCGUGGUAUCUUAACUUUGAAAUAUCCAAUUGAGCAUGGUAUUGUGAACAAUUGGGAUGACAUGGAGAAGAUCUGGCAUCACACCUUCUAYAAUGAGCUCCGUGUGGCCCCRGAAGAGCACCCAGUUCUCCUCACUGAAGCACCUCUCAACCCAAAGGCUAACCGUGAGAAGAUGACACAAAUCAUGUUUGAGACGUUCAACACUCCUGCGAUGUAUGUUGCUAUUCAGGCUGUUCUUUCCCUUUAUGCCAGUGGUCGUACCAGCAUGAAGAUCAAGGUUGUUGCUCCACCUGAGAGGAAGUACAGCGUUUGGAUUGGGGGUUCCAUCUUGGCAUCUCUCAGCACUUUCCAACAGAUGUGGAUUUCAAAGGGAGAGUACGAUGAGUCUGGGCCAUCUAUUGUGCACAGGAAAUGCUUCUGAUCAUCCACGGGAAAGGAAAGAGGUUUAAAGAGAAAUACCAUACACUGGAUAAAUGCCUCUCUGGAAAUGCUUUCUUUCUUUUCCUUUUCCUUUAUCCUUUUUUUAACCUUUUUAUUACUUUAUCUCAAUUCAAUGUGGAGACUUGAGACAUUGACCAUGAAGGGGCCUGAAAUCCCCAUCUUUUUGCUAUUAUUUUUUAUGUAUUAAUACUGCUUUUGUUUGGGUUGAAGCGGGUUUGCCAUACUUUCUA